GCAAUCACCGAAACUAAGGAAGCUGUGAGUCGACUGGGGAUUUCGCAACCUCAGUGAGCACAACACCCGGCCACCUGAGGGAAGCUAAUCGACUGUCACGUGAUUCUACCCUAUCCCGUCACACCGACACUAGCACACCACGAACUCACAUCUCUCCCGACUCGGGUACCUACCUCAGACUGUUUUAUACUAAAUACAAGGUAAUUGCCAUCUAAAAAUGACAGGACUAAUCAAACCAAAAAAAUAUGAAUGGAAAGAUUCAAAUCUUGCUCUGUUUGGAUCAGAGCUGGAGCGAAACAUUAAAAAGGCAUCUGCAUCUACUGAAGAGGCUUGGAAAGGAGCUGGUCGCAAACCAGGACUUCAGAUUUGGCGAAUUGUGAAAUUUAAAGUGACAAGCUGGCCAAAGGAAGAGUAUGGAAAAUUCUACUCUGGAGAUUCGUAUAUUGUUAUGAACACCUACAAGGAGCCAGGAGGGGAAGAGUUACAGCAUGAUAUUCACUUCUGGAUUGGACAAGAAAGCACACAGGAUGAGUAUGGUACAGCUGCUUACAAGACUGUGGAACUAGACACAUACCUAAAUGAUGUGCCUAUUCAACAUCGCGAGGUCCAGGGAUUUGAGUCUGAUCUAUUCAGAUCUUACUUCAAGACCAUCACCAUCAUGAGUGGUGGAGCAGAAAGUGGUUUCCGCCACGUUAAACCAGAAGAGUACAAACCUAGACUGCUUCACUUUUGUGGGACUCGUAAAAACAUUGAAGUGAAGGAAGUGCCGUUGUGUAAAAGGCGUCUAAAAUCAGAUGAUGUCUUCAUCCUUGACCUUGGCAACACACUUUACCAGUGGAAUGGCAAUGGAAGUAACAAAGAUGAACGCUUCAAAGCCAUGCAGUAUGUACAAGCACUGGACUCUGAAAGAAGUGGCCGCCCCAGAACAGAGGUUUUGGAAGAAUCUUCUACUGAACCUUCUCAUGAGUUCUACAAGGCCUUGACUAAUGAAGAUGAUGAUGAUGAUGACAGUGCUUUUGUGGCUAAGGACAAGGAGACAGAACUUUAUAGAUUGUCAGAUGCCAGUGGUCAAAUGACCUUCCGCAAAGAGAAGAGAGGAUCUGUGGAUAAGAAUGACCUCGACACAAAGGAUGUGUUCAUCAUUGACGCAAAGAAAAGCUGUUAUGUGUGGAUUGGUCGUGGCACAUCUGAAGGAGAAAAGAAGAAUGCCAUGCAGUAUGCUCAUUGUUACCUCCAGAAGACUGAUCAUCCUCUCGUGCCUGUUUCUUGCUAUGCUGAAGGACGUGAACCACAUGUCUUCUUCCAGGCCAUAGCUGUCUGCUGAAGAGCAGGGCAUCAUGCAUGUAUGGUUGCCUUUUUUAUAUUGAAUGUCAGCAAACUAACCCUAAAGUAGAUGUUUUUUUUAUUUGGUGUAUAUUCUCUUUAUUUCUUCCAUGACAACAAGGCAGUUGUUUUUUAUUUCAGAGGAACAAAUAUCUUUUUUGAGUGAUUAUCAAAAUGAAUAUUAUUUUUACAAGCAGAGACACAUGCAUGUACAUGUAUUUACAGAUAUUGAUAUGUAUUUCUGACCAUGCAAGUUUGUAGUUGUUCUUAAGUAUAAAAUGACCAUUACAUAGCAAAAUAUUAGAAAUUUUUUAAUCAGCAAUUAACUCUAAUUUUAUGACUACAAGUGAACAUGUAUGAAAUCUGGUAAAUGAAGAAGGAAAGUGGCUUUUAGAUCAUGAGCUCCUGUGAGAAGAUAAACUACCUAACUUGUGUAAUAUUUUGACAUUAUCUGCAAAAUGACUGCUAAACAGAUUGAUUACCGCUUGUAUUUUGACUAGUGUCUCUCAGCUCUUCUGUUAAAGAAAAACCAUGACUUGCUCCCACCAUGUCAGUUGAAUAAGCUUUUAUCAACAUUCCAAAUUAUUAGAAUGAAUAAUUGUUUUAAUAGAAUAAGAAUAUAGCUUUAUAAUGGUGCAUAAAACAUCAUUAACAUAAGAUUUUUGAAGGUGUCUGUUUUAUACAAUAUUUUGCAUGUGAAUAGGUGUACUGUUACAACCGCUGGCAUACCUGCUUUGAUUUGUGGCAAAUGAAAGUCUUUAGUUAGCCUUGAACAAAAAUUGUGUCAACACUAAACAGCUUGGUCAGUGCUGAUUCUUACUGGUUACAAAAACAGAACUGAUCACCUGCAAUAAGAAAGGUUAAAGAAUUCCUGUUUUGAUAAGGUGUUGCUUAUAGCUUAAUUUCUAACCUUGUAGUAAGCACUGUCUCAGUGAAUGUGAAUGGGUACUGUUGUUUGAUGAUUUCUAUGCACCAUUGUAUCCAUGCAGCACUAUCCAUGUUUUGACAUUUUGUUUUUACGCGAAGCAUUAUCCAUGGGAAAGUGUUACAUUUAAUCACACCUAUUUUUAUCCCUAGUCUUAUUGUACUCAUUUUAUGCUUUCAGUGUGGUUUUAUUUGCUUUUUUUAAAGUUCUUGGCUUUAUUGUGCAGCUGUUAUAAUGCUGAAAAAUGACCAAUUGAACAAAAAUGGUAUAUAUGUGUUCAAUGAAAUAUAAAGCAUUUUUAGGGGUUUAUGUUUCAUGCGAUUUUAAACUUUAUUUUGUACUUUUUGAUUCUAAGACAGUUUUACUGAAGAUAAUCUGAAUACAAGAGUAGCUUGUACAUAGUUGCCCAUAGUGAUGUCUAAGGCUCUCCAAGUUUUACAAAAUGGUUGACGGACAGUUCUUGUUGUUCCUAAUCGCCCCAGUGGAGCAUAGAGCCACAAGCUACAACUUGAUGGACCGGUACUUGGAUAUCUUUCAAUCUUUACAGCUUUAUCAAACCAUUGAAAAACCACAGAGCCUCUGUGGAUGAGCAAAGAAUAAUAAAACGCAUAGUUUAGUCACUUCUGCAUUGGCAACUGAAAUAAAAUGCAAACUGUUUUUAAAACUGUG